CAUUGUUCUGCACAGGCAUGUGAACUGAUCCCACUGUUCUGCUUUUUCAGAUCAGAAACAUGGUUGCUCUUCAAGCAAAAAAUGCACAGCUCCAUUUAUCUAUCCAGGAUUCGGAUGAUGGUGCGCUUCUUGGGAUCGAAGCAGACAAAGAACAUAUGGAUACCUCAGAGCAGGUCGCACUGAACGCAGAUUCUUUCUUGCAUGGUCCUGUUCUCAUCAAUACGCGCAUGGACCAGCAGCUGCCUCUCACAGAUCUAAAGUAUGGGUUGGGAACAGAUGUACCUAGCAGCUCUUUAGAUGCCAUACUUCACAACAACUCAGAUCCUCACUUUUAUGCUGAAGCUCUCAAAAAGGAAACGCCUACCUGCUGGGAUGAUAAGAAAGCACUGCUCAGUCCCCUCAGUGAUUCCCUCCUGCACUCACCUGUCGUGGUGGCGCCUGAGAUACCAUAUGCUAUUUAUGUCUCUCGAGAACUCAUCCUCAGGAAAGUCAUGGAUAGUUUGAAACUGAAAGUCCACAGCACAGGCUAUGACUACCUUUCAAGGCCUCAAUAUGGAAACAGCAUGGAUGCAUGUUGAUCUUCCAUCUGGAAACAAUCCAGGAGCAGAUUCAAGCACUGUGAUAUAUGGUAAUCCAAAGUCUACUCAUAGUGAAGCUGAUGAGAGCGCAUGCCAGGCUGUCCUCAAUUACUAUUGCAGCGCUAGAGAUGUGAGCAUCAAUGACUUCAGUCACAGUGUCAUCAAAAUGAAACAAGAGCAGCUUGAUGCAAGCAAUUUUUUCUUUGCUGCUAUGCAAGAUAAUGUAGUUAGUCUGGCUCUGGAGCGAGAUGCUACUCUAGCUGUGUUUCAGAAGAGUGGUGACAGCACAGAUGCAAGCCCCAUCCUUUAAGCAAGGCAUUCAUCAAGAAGAAACAAGAUGAGCUCAAUAAUGAUUGCUUCUAUGAGAUUCUGCAAGACAAAAUCACUAAUCUUCUUCGAGAUCGUGAUGUCCAGAAACAACGCUACACCAGCAUCAUACAUGGUAUGGCCUCUAUAUGUGACACCUUUGCUGAUAUACUGCCAAUCAAAAAGAUCAGCACCAAUCAGACCACCUCAGAAGACGCAGAGACUGGAUUCAUGUUCACUGGCAGCAAAAAAACUCUUCGCGCAGUGAUGAACUUGCCUUGGCUCUCCUAAAGGUUCUUCGUGACGGGAUUAUCUAUGACACCAAGCACGCUACAACUCCAUACUGAGGACCAAGACCACCUAACCAUUGUGCAUACCACUACUACCACCUCUAUCUUAGAAUUGCAGAGACAAGAAUAGCCUCACCAUCUACCGAUGGAUUCUUUUGCAGAGACAGUACCAACAUGGUAUAGCCCUUUCUUUUGGUAUAGCACUUCCUUUUGACGUUUGCCGCUGUUAGAUAACAGCACCACUAUUUUUGGGGCUGCCCACAGCGAGAGGCGCCACUCACAGAGUCACAGCAGCGACCGAGACUGCGGUUCAGAGGUUGCCUUUGUGUCCACUUGGCAGACAAAGUGGUAGAAACCAAACUCGGAAUCAUGGCAGGUUACUACAGCCAAGCAUCUCAAACACCUUCUACAAUGAAAAUAACAGUGAAGAGCGGCCUGCCAAAUUCUCCUUGCUGGUUUCACUUUUGUGUGUCUUUAGUUGACAAAAACUAUUAUUGCAACUGCUAUUGAUGUUGUGCAGAAUUUGUGCUACUAGGCAGCACAGCAACAUAUGCCUGGGAAUAUCUUAGCGAACCUGUAUUGCAGCAACUAGACUAUGUGUUGCCUAUGAUCCUUCAGGCUGGAACUCUGUUUUUGUAAUCUCUGCUUUAUCAAGAUUAGAGGGUUAUCUCUUACCUG